AUGCUGGACUGGAAGGGCUACGCCGCUUUGCGGUCUCCUACGCAUUCGCUGAACCAUGCCAUUGUAGGGUUCAUUUCUCAGUGCCGCGUCGGGCCGGUUGAACUAGAUGCUCGAGAUCGUCUUCUUUCUCUCGUUCGUAGUGCCUCGUAUGACCUCUGCGCCCAGAUAACCUUCGAGGGUUUUGGUUCGUGGGAGGUAGGCUUAGCAAACCCGUCAUCUGACAUAGACAUCCAAAUUGUCCGGCCUGGUAAGCGUUCCUUUGCAAUACCUCACCUGAUUAACAACUUGAAGCAAGCUUUUUCGGUAGUUGACUACCCUGUCACAGUGGAUCCAGCUUACUUGCGUUUAUGCCACGAUCAAUCUGGUUUGGAAGUGGAGUUGUAUGUGUUUGACGAAGGGCGUUACGAGGAAUGCCUUUCGCGAAACAGCCGGGCUAUGGCUGCAUUCUUUUCUGCAAAUCCUAUUCUUUGUGCUCUUUACAUGAUAAUCAAGCAUUUACUUAAAAGGGAGUCUUUGUACUGUCCGGGAGAUACCGCAAAAGGCGUUCCACUAGAGUACGCGGACGAUGAUGAAGAGGUCGUGCAGCCGGUGGGGCCUACUGCGCAAAAGCCUGGCAUAAGUGGGUAUGUGCUUUGUUGGUUGAUAAUAGCUUUUGCCCGAAAUGGGCUCCAAGAGAUGGGCGAAGAGCCGUUACUGGACUCCAGUACUUCGCUUUAUACUAUUGGAGAGAUUCUCAUUUUGUUCUUACACUACUAUGCACAUGUUUUCAACUACGAUCUCUACUAUCUGCAGGUUGAAAGCGAAUUACGUACGGAGAUCUCGAGUCUCAGAAGAAGCACAGAAGCACGGCACUUACUGAAAGAUAAAAGAACACAGUUGAGGUUGGGCAUACACGACAGCCCCAACGGAGUCCGAGUGUGCCGGGUUCCACCAACAAGUACUCUAUAUGAAGUCAUGCGUCGGGUUGUGCCAUUGGAGGCUCUACCGCUUGUUAUCCUGAACGCAGAGUUAGGCAUAAAUAUUACUGAAAAGGUGUGUGACUAUGACUCAGUCAGAAAACUAUUUCAAGACACGCUCUCACUAUUGAAAGGAUAUGUGGAGGGAACAGUCCGAGUACUUGAUCUGAAUACAAUUUUGGGAUUCACAGAAGACUACUGGGCGCGGCGGAACAGGAUAUCUUCAUUUGUGACGAAGGGCAGAGCCGUGGCUUAG